CAUCCCCAUACUCGUUCCUCGUCGAAGCCAAGCAAUCCCAAUCCCCUCCACGAUGCGUUUCUCGACCAUCGUUCUCGGCAUCGCGGCCUUGACUGGCCCGGCCCUUGCUGACGGAAAGAAGAAGGGCGACGACACGCUAGUCGAUACUCAUAGUAGUCCACUGCUCGAUCAAUGCGUGAAAACUUGCAUGUACGAUCACAACGAAAAGUUCAUCAAUAUUAAGGAGACGACGACACACCAGUUCUGUGAGACGAAGAAGGCGAAGGCUGAGGCCUGGAUGCUGUAUGAAGUGUUCCCGUGUAUGAAGGUCGGGUGCCGGAAGGACCCAGAGCAGUACCAGAUCACAUAUGACAAUGUUCAGGAUUGGUACUAUCUCGUCUGCAACUAUAAAACUCCUCCCAAGGCGUAAGCUAAGGGUUGCUGGCGUCGGAAUGCUUUCUGGUCCGUAGUAAUUCACGCU